AUGCAGGUUGGACGAAAACUAUCUAUGAACAUACCGAGCGUCUCAAGUUGGAGCAACUUGAGCGAAAUCUCAGAUGCCUCUGUUGAAGAUAUUGAGAAUCGCACUGAAGAUGAAAUAUCUUCGCUAACGAAAAGUAUACUCAACUCUGCACACAGCGAUUUUCGAACGACGAUAUUAAAUGGAAAGCUAGGUAGUGACUUGAUUUCAAAGAGUCUAGGUGAUUCUUCAUUUGAUGUACGUCAUGCAGCACUUUCUUACGCUUGUGCUUCCUUAAGCUCGGACGAGGUUUCUGAAUCUGACAAGGAAAAAAUAUUCGUAUCAUUCUCGAAAUAUUUUGAAGAAAACGCGGAUACUUGUUCUGUUCGUGAAUCUGAUUUAUUACGAGCCGGUUUGGCUUGUUUGUUUUGUUAUUUUUCCGGGUGUUAUUCAGAGAAGGAUCCCAAGAGACAAGCCGCAUUCCACAAAAUAGUUCUUGUUAUGGAUACCCUCCGAGAUGAAGGUUGUAUUCUGGUGGGAAAAUCUCUUGCAAUUUUAGUUAGAAGUGUAUCAUAUGAGACAGCGUCAGAGCUGUGUGAACUUUCGAUGCGUAGUUCACUCGACUGUUCAAAGAGUUUGCAGAGGCGUCGCUCUGCAGCUGCCAUUACCUCAGCAAUAAUAAAAGGUUUAGGCCAAACAUGUGCACUUCGAAUGACAAUGGUUGAUAAUUUAAGGAAUAUUUUCAACGAUGAAAAUGGCGAGAUAGCUCAACUCGCGUGUGGAUUUAAUUUAUAUUCCUCGGUAUGCAUGAUUGCAGGACGUUCUUUUGAGCCUUUCAUGUUUGAAUUUUCACCUUUGAUAUUCUGUGCAUUUUCAAAUGCAAGUGCAGAAGUAAGAGACUCUGCACGUAUUGCUCAGGCAUCAAUUGCAUCCUCAUUGCAUAACAAUACAAUAACAUUCAUUACCCCUGCUCUUGUCCAAGGUCUGACUCACAAAAGCUGGCAAAACAAAGUUCGUUCUUUGGUAUUCAUGGGUGAUUUAUCCACACGUGCUCCUGGUUUCUUUAAGAGGUCAAUUCCAGAUAUUUUUGGUCCGCUCCUAGAAUGCGUCUUCGAUACUCACCCAAAGGUCAGUGCAUCUGCUUUGAGUAUUUUAAGACCAAUAUGUGAAAGUGUCACAAAUGCCGAGCUCCUUGGAAUGUUAGAUCUCAUUUUGCUUGCAAUACAAUAUCCUCAAAACAAGACUGAGGAGUGUUUAGACAAACUUAUGGAAACUACGUUUGUCAACUCCAUGGACGCACCUUCCUUAGCUAUAAUCCUUCCCAUUAUACUUCGCGGUUUGCGCGAACGUGCAAAAGAACUCAAGCAGAAGGCGGCAACCACAUGUGGAAACAUUUGUGCAUUGGUUGAUGACACCAGAGAUUUGCUACCUUUUAUAUCAAUUUUGCUUCCGGAACUGAAUAAGUGCGAGGAACAUUCUCACCCAGAUCUCAGAAAGUGUGCUGUUAAGGCGAAGGAGAGUUUACUAAAAGGCUUGGAUGACCAGAAUUUGAAAGGAGGUAAAUCCUCUUCUUCGUACAUAUGUGAUGCUCUUGAAGCAUCUUCGAUUAAAAUCGAUCCAGUUGUUUUAACUCACGUGGCUCGUGUGGGGGGUUGGAUGUUAACUGUUGCUCCACUUCGAAUGCCCCCAAAUAUUUUGUCUCAAGAUAUCUGCCGUGAAUUAUUCUCUAUUCUUGAAGAUUCGCUCGAUUAUGCUUUGAUAGAAAAAGUAGCAGAAGAUGCAGUCUUGGCAUACAAAGGAUUGGAGGCAUCGUCUCUGAAUGAUGCUGCGCCAAAAGACUACAUUGUCGAGCUCGAAGGAAUAAUACUAGCGUUUGCAGGUCGAGUACUACUGCAACGCACAGAUUUUGUGCUUGAACGUGGGCAUACGUAUGGCAUAGUUGGACAAAAUGGAACUGGAAAGACGACGCUACUUAAUCGGGUGGCUAAGAAAGAUAUUUCCAACUUUCCACAAGAUGUAAGCGUUUAUUAUAUUCAGCAUGAAAUUCUAUCUGAAAAGCAGGAAACUGUUCUUGAUUUCAUGCUGAGUUCAGUUCCGGAUUCUGUCUCUCGCGAAAUAAUUCAAAAGACUUUGUUCAAUGUUGGUUUUGAUGAAACUAAAAUGAAUGGUAGCAUCCAGUCUCUCAGUGGCGGAUGGAGAAUGAAGCUAGCAAUAGCACGCGCCAUGCUUUGGGAUGCUGACGUACUUCUACUCGAUGAACCUACGAACCAUUUGGAUGCAGAUGCCGUUGCAUGGUUAAUAGACUAUUUGAAAAGUUUGACUGGAACGACUAUUUGCCUUGUAUCCCAUGAUUAUGAUUUUUUGAGCGAAGUUUUAUCAGAUGUCAUUCAUAUUUCCGAAAAGAGCUUAGUAUAUUAUCCCAUGAAAUUUCGCGAAUUUCAGUCACUCAAGCCUGAGAUUGUUGCUGCUCUUCCUUCGCCAAGCAAUGCAAUUAUGAAAGAAGGUAGCAUAAAUUCAAAAAAUGAAAGCACAUCUACGAAGCAGGAGAUCAAUUUUGCUAUCGAUAAUAUAGAUGCAUCUCACAUUAAACCGGUUAUUUUUCCGGUGCCAGGAAAUCUGGAGGGUGUUAAGAGUAGGUCUAAAGUAGUCAUGUAUAUGAAAGAAGUUUCAUUCAGGUAUCCUGGGGCUGAGAGUCCCAUUUUGAAGUCAGCAACUGUGAAAAUAACUCAAAAUUCUAGAGUUGCUAUUAUUGGCAUGAAUGGUGCGGGUAAAACCACUCUAAUGAAGCUUUUGAUAGGAGAACUUAAGGCUGACGAAGGGAUUGGGGAGGUUUGGGUUCACCAUAAUUUACGUUUGGCUUACAUUGCUCAACAUUCCAUGCACCAUCUUGAAGAGUCUGUCAACAACACGCCUUUAGAAUAUUUACAAAAUCGCUUUUACCAAGGUCGAGAUCGGGAGAUUGCAAAGCGUUCUUCUCACAAUUUGUCAAAAGAAGAAUUUGCUAUUUCCCGGGAGCGGGGUAAUAUAUGCGAGGUCGUUGGCCGUCAAGAACGUGGGAAACACUUGUUCUACGAGUGUAGAAGGUCUGGAAGAGAUGAUCAUGAUACAGAUUGGGAAAUGCUUACCUCACUUGAGCGUAAAGACGAGUAUGUCAUGAAAAUGGUGAGAAAUUUCGACGAAAAGUUAAAAGCAAUGCAAAGUGGUAUGGAUUUACGCCCACUGACCAAAGAAGAAGUUAGAAUGCAUCUAGAGAAUUUCGGUAUCGAUGAAGAUCUCGCCAUGGGUAAGAUCAAAAGAAUGAGUGGAGGUCAGAAAAGUCGUCUUGUACUCGCAGCGGCUAUGUGGAUAAAUCCACACGUAAUAGCAUUGGAUGAGCCUACAAAUUACCUAGAUAAUGACACGCUUGCCGCUCUUACAAAUGCAUUAGCUCUGUUUAAAGGUGGAGUUAUCAUGAUUUCUCAUAACGAUGCCUUUGUGAAUAAGCUUUGCAACGAAACUUGGCUCGUUGGUAAUGGAGUCGUUAACAUACAAGCAAUAGCUGGAAAAGCAAAGGGUAUGUCUGUGGCCGAUAGAAGAGCGUUGAAAAAGGGACUGGAUGCGGAAGAAGCUGACUUGAAAGAGGUCCAGAACAACUCGAAAAAAACUGCAGCCGAGCGGAAAGCUGAGAAGGAAAGAAUAAAAAAAUCCAAAGCUCCAAUUAAAUUCAAAUGA